AGUCCGUGUUCAGACUUCUCAAGGAAGGGAAGUCGUGUGGAAUAAGAAAAUAUUAAAAUUACUGGAUUAAUUUUACUUUAGAACUAGUUUCGUGAAAUUUUAAAAUGUUUAACAUUAUUUUAAUUUGCUUAGCGGGUGUUGCUUUUGCCGGUGCACAAACUAAUGAUCCAACUUUCGAUGGAAUUUUUACUACUCCCACGCCAACUUCCGCUCUAACUGAUGAGUAUGUCCAACCACAAAAUAAACAAGAUCAAUUUGAUUGGAGGCUUUCAAGGGCUGUUUUUCAAAGUAGCAAAGGCGGAAAUGUCAUUUUGUCACCGUUGUCUGUCAAACUUUUGUUGACAUUGCUCGCUGAAGCUGCAGGUCAAACUGUCGAAUCUUUGACAAGAAAAGAAUUGGAACAAGUUUUACCUUACAACAAGAAUCUUAACGAUGCAAAAGAAUAUUUCCAGAAGAUUUUACUAUCUCUAGAAUCUAAAAGUGAAGAAUAUGCUGUUAAUUUUGGUACAAAAAUUUAUGUUGAUAAAAAUGUUGCUGUCAACCAAAGAUUUGGUUCGAUUGCUAACCACAACUAUUUAGUUGACAUUGAAAAUCUUAACUUUGAUGAUUCACGAGGGUCUGCACAAAAAAUUAACAGUUGGAUAUCUGAAAGCACCAAAGGCCGUCUUAAGAGUUUAGUCACCGAAGAUUCUGUUGCGAAUUCCGUUAUCCUACUUAUCAAUGCACUCUACUUUGAGGGAACAUGGCGAUAUGGUUUCAAUAACACCUUCACUGGUGGCUUUUAUUCUCAACCUGGACAAAGAGUUGACAAAAGCUUCGUAGAAGUAACAAGAAAUUUCUAUUAUUAUUAUUCAAAGCAGUUGGCUUCUCAUAUUAUUCGUUUGCCUUACAAUGGACGACGUUAUUCCAUGUUCAUUAUUUUACCGAAAGAACCCAACGGUUUGGAAGGCGUUGUCAAUCGUGUCGAUUCAGAAAUAUUGAGAAAUGAAGUUGAGAAUGUAGAUGAAACAGAGGUUCAUGUUGUACUACCAAAGUUUAAAUUUGAUUCGUCAAUAAAUCUCAACGAUGUCAUUAAAAGUCUUGGUAUAAGAGAAAUAUUCGAGACGAAUGCAACGUUCCCUUUACUUGCACGAGGCGGUACAACUGAAGGAAAGCUCAAAGUAUCAAACAUUAUUCAAAAAUCAGGAAUUGUUGUAGAUGAAAAAGGAACAACUGCAUGGUCUGCAACUGAAAUUGAGUUGGUGAAUAAGUUUGGAGGUGAACCCAGAGAAUUCAUAGCCGAUCAUCCUUUCCUUUUCUACAUUGAAGAUGAUACAACGGGAGCUAAGCUUUUCACUGGAAUUGUGAAUAAUCCAGAAUUUUAACAUGAAGGAAAACAUCAAAACAUUGAAAAUUUCCUUCAUUGGAAAUGUUUAGACAUUGGAAAUGUCGAGAAUAUUUAAAUUUAAUUUUUAUUUCCACAACACCUACUUGUAUGUAUCUAUUUGUAUUUGUUAUAAGAAAUUGAUUUGAAUAAAGCAGAAGAUGUUUAAGCAAGUUAGGAAGAAGAAUUAAUUUAAAUUGAAUAA